CAAGAGGUAGUUGCAUUCUUGUAUUUCAUGGUCUCUGCUACAACAAUUCCUCUCAGAAUGCAACAUCUACUUUUCUGUGCUUAUUUCUACCUACAAUUCACACUAUCCUUGUCUACAGAUGAUAUUUACACAUCUUGUUUAGAAGCUUUACUUAAAACAAAACAAAAUUCUGCAAUUAACAUUUAAAAUACAAACAUCUUUUAAAGGAGAAAUUGCUGAUAUUUUAUGUGAAAACUACAAUAGUAUAUUGGGAAAAGCUUAUCUUGACAACAAUUCUGAAGAGAUGACUCUCAUGGAUGAUGGUCAAUAUAGUGAUCCUCUAUCUUAUUCAAAAGAUAUUGUGUAUGAGAACCUUUCUGAAGAAGGUGUUAAUCAGUUUUUAAAAACUAUUUCAACAUGUACACAAGAUAUAACAUUCUGGUCAUUUUACUCUUUCAUUUUUCAUCACGCCUAUAUUUUCUGGGAUAAUAUUUAUAGACUUGGAAAUAAUUUUCCUGAUGGAAUUUGCAAAUGUUUUACUGACAUUAGAUGUAAAGAAGAGUCAAAUGUAAAUGCAGAAUGUUAUGGCACACCUGAUAACAAGUGGGUAGAUUUUAGUGGAACUUUCUCUGUAAAAUCACACAGUCUACCAUUAAAGACAAUUGUACUUGGUGACCUUGGGCUUACUGUUGAGAAAGUAGAAUAUUCAAUUAAAAAACUGGAAUGCAUGUUUCAACUGGUUAUGGUUUCAAUAGAAUUUCCAUUUGAAAAAUGUUGGUGUAAUCAGGAAAAGUGGAAGAAAAUUAAAUUGGAACUAGUUGACUCUAAAACUGCUACUUGUGUAACUUUAAUUGGCAAGAUUCUCCAUCUGACAAUUGAAACUUUGACUAACUUUGUAGAAUUUCAAAUUUAUGGAGAGAAUAUUGAAGAAAAUAAUCCUGAAUUUUUUGCCUAUGAUAAAAAUUCUGUAUUGUGCAAAGAAAAAGAAAAUUACAAGUUUUUUUGUCCAUCAACAUAA